GAUAAAAGCUUUAUACAAGACAAACAAAAUUAUCGGAACUGACGAAUCUGGUAGAGGACUACUUGGGGGCUCAUACGCAAACUUUAGUAAUUCAUUAGCUUAUGCCGAAAAAAUAAUCGUAAUUUCCGGGUUUCCCUCAGCAUGCACUCGGACAGCGGAUUUUAAUUUAUUUAAACCUGGCACUAGUAAAUGAAACACCGUGAUUCGGUUACAACAUGAAGCUACGUUCCGGUAGACGACCUAUCUUCGGUCUGUCGUCACAACUGGCGACGGCCAUUGCCGCCAUCUUGCCGUACUUCUUACAGAAAGGUGCGACGUCCAGCAUAUGUAAGGAGCAGAAUUCGUGUCAAGCAUGCCUGCAAGCAAAUCCUAGUUGUGCCUGGUGCGACGAUGAGAAGUUAUUCUCUGGGGCGCGUUGUGAUGUCCGUUCCUCUGUGCACAAGGAAUGUACAAGCGAUAAAAUCGUAGCUCCCAAAAAUCAGCCUAACACAAUAGAGAAUAAAGCGUUAAGUGAUGUGAUCGAAAUCCAGCCGCAGAGAAUUUCUCUUACAAUACGCGAACAAACGUCUGAAACUUUAAAGCUAAAAAUUCGCAAGAUGCCAUAUCCAGUGGACAUUCACCUACAAAUGGCAUUUUCUUCUGACAUGACAGCUGCCCAAGCCACUAGCUCCUCUUUGAUAAAAGCUCUAGACAAGGAAUUGGGCAAUCUUGACCUCGAUCUACGAUGGGGCUUAGGAACUUUUGUGGACGCUUCUCCCGAAAAGUCCGGUUCCUAUGCCCGCUACUUUCCUCUCAGCAGAACCAAACCAAAUCCGGAGAUGCAACUGCGAGGUGGGAAACUGCCCCCUGACUGCUGUACUCAGGACCAAAUGGUUAAUGCAUUCAUGCAGGCAAUUGUCUGCGAUGACAAGAUUGGAUGGCGGACAAAAUCCAUACAUCUUGUAAUUGUAGCUACGGAUGUACCGGUGAAUUUCUCCGAUGGCAAAAACGUACAUGCGGGAUUUGGGAUUGCUGCUUUUGAUGAGGACAACAACGAAGCAUGCUAUUUCCAAAGCACCAGCGCGCGGGAAGUACCUACACAUUUUGCAGAUAUUGGGCAGGAUAGCAUAUCUGCGCGCCAAGUUGCCCAAACGACCGAAGAUCAUAAAGUCAACCUUGUCUUCAUGGUGCCUGCUGAUCGCUUUUCCGAGUAUUUACACUUUUGCUAUUUGUUGACACAUUCAGCAUGCAGCGUUAUCAAACUGGACAAUGACUGGAGUACUGCCGCCAUGAUGAUUAAAAGCCAGUAUCUGAAAAGCACGCAGUCUAUUCAACUGAUGGACGGUCCCGACAUACCAAACAUAAAGCGAACAUACUGGUCCUCCUGUUCGGCAAGCUUAACAACUGGAACCCCGCAGAAAACUACUGAAUGCAAAAAUAUACAGAUGGGCUCAGAGGUAGAAUGGCAGGUUAAUAUCGAACUUGUUGGCGUCCCAAAUACUUCGGCGGCAUUCUACCGGGAUUUGCAUAUCCGACCAGCCGGCUCGAAUAACACACUAAUCAUCCAAAUAGAAACUAUCACCGGGCUUAAAUCAUGUCCGCCGACCGCUGGACGCACUCUGCAAUCGGCCGAUUGCUCGACCACACAUUCUGUUUGGUUGGUACUUUCGGCAGUCGGUCUAGUCGGGAUGUUGGUUGCGGUCAUAGUGCUAGGGUUUAAACUCUGGCAGAAAAGAGGUUACAUCCCAGUGCCCACAGGUGGAGAGGGCACCAACGAUGUCGGCAUGGAAUCAAUACCCGGUAGUCAACCAGAACCUAGAGCUGUUGAUGGGUAUGGCCAUCUCCCCAAGGAACCAACAAAUCCUCAUCUUCGAAAACAAAGUAAUGGUGGCACCGAUCAGCAUCCAAACAGAGCAUGAGCACGAAGCCCAGCUUGAACAUUAACAUGUCCUAAUUGGUGCGAACUUUAUGAAGCAACAAAUAAUCGGAGCUGGACAGGCAAAAAAAAUUUCGAUUUGAAUUAUCCCAUGCACGUACAUUGAUUGCAAUCUAAGAAUUUUCAGUCAGUGUGUUUCAUCAUGUUUUGGUAGAAUGAAUAACUCGGCGAAAAAAAUUGUUUGGUAUUAGCGGUAUCAAAGUUAAAAGUUGUCAAAAGAAUGUUUUCUGCAUGGCUACAGCAUAUGCUCUGGUUUUCGAGUUAUUUUGUGAUUUAUACAUACUUCAGUACAGUUGGCUGCUGUUGAAAAGCAAUUUUUUACCAUGAUACUGCAACAAAAUUAGUCCGGUGGCUGCGCGGAAUUUCCACAACGGGGGACACAGUCGUACGCUGCAUGCAGUACUGUAGCGGCUCGAUCAAGUCACACCACAGGGUUGGUGUACGGGAAAUCAGCGCACAUGCAGCGUAUGCAUGCUCAUGCGCUCGCAAGCACUGCGCAGUGCUGAGCGCUCACUUUGCAAGUGCUGAUUUCCCGUACAGAAACUACUCUAGGUAUGCCGUGCCACUUGAUCGAGCCGCUACAGUAUGUAGUUGCGCUACCGUGUGGACCUGAAAAACUCAAGAAAUUCGUUGACCAUCACAGCAUUCUUCCUGCUUGCCGGAGAAGACUAAAAUCUCGGGCACUGCCGAACUGUGUAAUGGAAUGCACUGUCUUCCAACACAGUCGUCAUUCUAUCGUAUAGCCGCAUUACCCGGCAUUGAAAAUCUCCACUUUAUGACACCAUGAUACCUUCUAACAAUUGUGUUCGUAUCAGUAGAUAACAUUCACCAGCCAGAAAGUCAUAAAAU